AUGUCUCCAUCAACGAACCAGUGCAGAUCUCACAGCGAGAAUGUCCCCUCGGGACAAAUUCCAUCACCCAACGGAAACAAACCAAGCUUUGUGCCACCGCCAUCUGCGCCAAACGGAUACGUCAAUAGCCGGUUGAAGGGCUGGAGAGAGACUUUGAACGACGACGACCUUGCUGUGCUUGCUCUACGGAACCUCAUCUUCGAUAUCUGCAAUCAGAAUGGAGGUGGCCACGGGGGAUCAGCGAUUGGUAUGGCCGCCAUAGGGGUAGCCUUGUACAAGCAUGUCAUGCGCUACAAUCCCAACAACCCCAGCUGGUUUGACAGAGACCGAUUUGUGCUCUCCAACGGCCACACCGCCAUGUUUCUUUACGCACUGAAUCACUUGGUUGGAUACGACGACUUUUCCAUGGAUGAGAUCAAAGGGUACGGAAGCGCCAAAACAGACGGUUACAAGACAAUUUGUCACGCGCACCCUGAAAUUGAAGUUCCCGGGGUGGAAGUCACGACAGGCCCCUUAGGCCAAGGUAUCGCCAAUGCUGUCGGCCUCGCCAUCGCGUCCAAACAUCUCGCGUCGCGCUACAACCAACCAGGACUCGAUGUUGUGCAGUCAAGGAUAUACUGCAUGACCGGUGACGGUUGCCUUAUGGAGGGUGUUGCCCUCGAGGCCAUUUCUCUCGCCGGAAGUUUGCAGCUCGAUAACUUGGUACUGAUUUAUGACAAUAACCAAGUAACCUGCGACGGACCGCUCGACUGGAUCAACACCGAGGAUGUCAAUGCAAAGAUGCGCGCUUCGGGGUGGCAUGUUUUAGAGAUCGCCGACGGCAACCAUGAUGUUAGCGCGGUGGUCUCAGCGCUCGGAUUCGCAAAGUCGUUGAAAGGCAAGCCCAUCUUCAUCAACAUACGGACUGUUAUUGGCCUGGGAACGAAUGUCGCUGGUACUUUCAAGGCUCAUCAUGGUGCAUUUGAUGCCGAAAGCGUGGCCUUAUCGAAGCGGUUAGCUGGACAAGACCCAACAGUUACGCAUCAAGUCACCCAGUCGUCUCUGGAAUACUUUCGUGAGCGAAAGGCACGCGGACAAGAGCUGGAAUCAGAGUGGAACAGCAUGCUGCAGAAAUAUGCAUCGGCGUACCCGGAGAAGUCGUUGGAAUUCCAGAAAGCCAGAAAUGGCGACCGUGGAACCGAAGCACUUGAGAUGCUUAGUGCAAUCGAAGCAAGCCAGUUCAAGGGGCUAGCAACUCGUGAGGUCAACGGUGCUCUUCUGGAAAAGCUCUGGAAAACCUGCCCGACUUUGUUUGGAGGUGGUGCCGAUCUCGUCAAUUCCAACAAGGUCCCUUACCUCGAGUCCGACGUAUGCCACCCAUCUGUCAGCUAUGCAGGGCGUUACAUUCGAUACGGAAUACGUGAGCAUGCAAUGGCAGCAAUUUCUAACGGAUUGGCUGCAUAUGGGCCUGGCACGCUUUUGCCAAUUACUGCAACAUUCUUUAUGUUCUACCUCUAUGCUGCGCCUGGUGUGCGCAUGGGGGCCUUGAGCCAUUUGCCGGUCAUCCACAUCGCCACACAUGACUCUUUCGCCGAGGGACAAAACGGCCCAACCCAUCAACCUGUUGAGAUCGAUUCCCUGUACCGCGCGAUGCCCAAUCUUGCGUAUAUCAGGCCUUGCGACGCGGAGGAAACGAUCGGGUCUUGGAUGCUGGCAUUGAACAAUCGCAAGGGCCCCACGAUGCUGUCACUCGGAAGAGAUCCGACUGGCGCAGUGCCGUCGACUGAUCGAUUUCAGGUUGCGAAAGGAGCAUAUGUCGUUGAAGAGAUGGCUGGAGCUAAGCUCACCCUGGCCAGCUGCGGUACAAAUCUCCACUAUGCUGUCGAAGCCGCGAAGACGUUAUCUGCGUCCGGCGUACCAACGCGUGUUGUCAGUUGUCCCAGCUUCAGUCACUUCGAUGUACAAAGUGAGCAAUAUCGCCGUAGAGUUUUCCCUACGGACGGUACUCCAAUCGUGAGUGUCGAGGAAUAUGUUGCAACGACCUGGGCAAGAUACGUCACAGCAAGCAUCAGCAUGGUUUCUUACGGUUACUCCGCUUCUAACGCCAGCAACUAUGAUCGCUUCCAACUUGAUGCCAAGGGCAUUGUGAAGCGCGUGCGAAGAUACCUAGAAGACCUCGGAGACGAAAAUGCGAGAAUGACCGGUUGGAGGCAAAUUUAA